GGUAGCGACCUUGAGGAACACGAUAAAGUUGUGGCAUGUCAACUGUAGAUAUUAAUGAUACCUGCCAAUGUAAACGGCAUGACGAUAAGCAUUCAACAUAUGACAUGUGCACUGAUGGGGAUGAUUUGAGCAAACGUCCAUUUGGUAUUCCCGUUGGUGCUAAGACAUCAGAAUACUAUCGAACUGACGAGAAUCUACCAGGUCGUUUCAACAACCCAGAUAAGUUUGGCGGUUAUGAAGGCCAAAAACGCAAUCCACUAUACAGGACAACCAACUCAGAGUAUGGUAGACUGAAACCAAAUGUGCAUACAAUGAACGUUGUGUACCAUAGCAAAAAACAAGAUUUUUCAAAGAGGUAUAUAAAAGCCGGAAAUUAUAGAAAUCACUCCUUAAAUACUGCUCUCGAUCACAAGUACAUAUGAUACUUACCUCCUGUUACAAACUUGGAUAUGUUCACUGGCAUUAAGUUCUGGAUGUAAUAUGUAUUCAUCGAAAAGAAGUUAUCAUUAGUUAGUAAUCGCGAAGAAUCCUAAGUUUUAAACAGUGAACUUAAAGAACACUGAGUCAGUUUAUGAUAGACUAAGAAACCAUUUUUAAGACUUAAUUAUUGAUUAAUGUUUUCUAGUUGUUGUUUUUCUAUGUCAUAAUUUCACUAAAGGCACAUUGCAAAACAAUCAAAAGUGCCUACUAUCACGAAUAAGACCUUCGAAUAUAUCCAUCCUGAUGAAAAUAUUUUAAACGUGUAAUGCUGACUUGUAUGAUAUUAGUGUAGAAGGCUGUAUCAUAAAAAUACAUACAGUAAAACCUGUAUCCC